AAACGAAGAAGAUAGAUCAUGUCCGACAUUGCGCCUCACGCAGGUUCGGCAACAGUGUCGAAUCCGUCACUGAAUCUCUUUACGAUUCCACCGACGGAUCUUAGUGUUUACAGUAAGCGAUACGUACAAAUCAAUCCGUUCACCACUGGAAUUAAUCCAGUGACGUUUCAGAUCGAUCCUCAGGAAGACUACAUCGACUUUACCCAGAGUUACUUUGAGUUUGAGGUGGGUUUCAAGAAAGCUAAUGGAGGAAAUUUGGUGGCUGCCGAGAAUGCGUUUCCAGUGAACAACUUGUCUCAUUCCAUGAUCAAGCAGAUGAACGUCCGAUUGAAUCAAACCUUGAUAAGCGAACAAUCGGACACGUAUUCGUACAAAGCUUACAUCGAGACUUUACUUCACCACGAUCGACAGGAUGGUGAAACAGUCCUGACUCCCGAGGGGUGGCAAAACUACGUGGAUGUCCCUCCACUAUACACAGCAAACAACUUGGAUAAUGCUACACCCGAUGCAGCUUGGACUGCUUUACCUGAGAAUCAAAAGACAAGCAUCACCAAAGCACGAGGUGAACGAGCCAAAUAUGUAGGAGGCAAGAAAAACAUCAUGAGAUUCAAACCUCACUCGGAACUAUUCAAUUUGAACAAGCUGAUUAUAACAGGCAUACAGAUUGACUUGCAGAUUUACUUCAACAAUCCCGAAUUCUACUGGAAUUCUGUUGGAGGUAUAGCAACAAGAUUGGCUGAAGCCGACAUCAAAGUGCGCUUGGUUCUCUGUCAAUUCCGAAUUAACCCUGACGUGUAUCGAGAAUUGGCUGUCAAGAUGGAAUCCUCAAAGGCAGUGAGUUACCCUACGGUCAGGAGUGAAAUCAGAACUUACAGUUUUGCAAAUGACAGAAGACAAUACGAAAUCAACAACCCUUGGCAGGGUAGAGGACCCAACCUGGUGGUAAUGGCAUUGGUGGACACCCGAGCCUUCAAUGGUGAUUACACUCGUGAUCCCUUUUGCUUUCAAAAAAUGAGCUUGAGUAGUGUCAAGCAACUCUUCAGAGGUGAGGAAUACCCGUAUGAGACCUUGGAAAUCAAGCACGAUGGCAAUGAUUUGGACAAUCGAGGCUAUUACCGAUUUCUUCAAGCUACCGAAUGUUUGAGAAAGGAUCGAGGAAACAUGUUGACAGAGAAAGACUGGGGACACAAUAAAAACUGUACACUUUUCUGUUUUAACAAUGCAGCCAACGGUGAUCUCUUCAGUUCGGUCCUGAAUCCGAAACAGUUGGGAGAGAUCCGGUACAUUCUUAACUUUGGAGCCAAUCCAGCAGCUAACUUCACAGUCAUCUUGUUUGCCGAAUUUGAGAAUCUCUUGGAAAUCGACAAGAACAAAGCCGUCACCUACGACGUGUAUCAGCGUUAACAAUGCAAAAGAUUG